AUGUUGCCAGAGUUUUUGCCUGACAGCUACAGUCGGUACAAGGAAGACACCAAUGUGUUCGCAACCUGGUUGACAAAUACGGCCAAGGCGUGUGGCCAUACAUCCCGUGAUACAACCCAAAUCGCAUCAAGCGAUCCGAUGAAUGAAGCCCCAGCGAGUGUCCGUCUCAAGGGGAAUGCCAGAAAGGAGGCGAAAGCAAACGAGUCUUCUCGACCACUGCCAGUCGUUCUACCUUCAACUAAACACACACUUUCAACGGGAGAUAUUAUCACCCAAGCCGGCAUUAUCGCAAUUCACAAAAAGCCAGCAAUCAAGGUGCCUCUGGUAAUUCAGGGUGUCUUGCGUCGUGCCAUCCGCGCUCGCAAGAGAUGUACUCUUUGGUUUCAGAAUAUGACGUCGGAGAGCAAUAAGGAGGAAUAUGAGGCGUCAAACUCAUCCCACCAACACUUCAUCCACGUGCUGGAGAGAGCACUGGAGAUUCUGGAGCCUUGUUUUGAAAAGUGCAAGCCAGCCGCGAGCAAAGCAAAGCAACCAGGAUCAGCGGACAAUCAUCAAGUACCAGAGCUUUCUUCUUCUAUCAGCAACCGAUUCGAGAAUUUGGAAGUCGAGGAUACCGCGGACCAAAAUCUUGACAUCAACGGGUCCGAAGCUGCAGUCUCAACAAUGCCGACAACCAAACUUCCACAGAACAAAAACAAAGUUGUCACUAUCUACGAAUUGGAACGAAGUAUGGAGGUGGAUUUGCAGUUCAGAGUUUACUGCUUCUUUGAAGAUCUUCAUCGCGUUCGGGAGUUCCUCAUACAGACUUGGCAACGAUUUGCUGAUGGCAAAAUUGAUUUGGUCACAGCAUCCCUCGUCACCAAUGUAACGCUUGCACUUGUCCGAGAAUCUGAGGAGAGAAUGAAGCAUUCGUCACCAAAACUCGACCACGAAGAUUCUUAUAACUCAAUUGCCUCUGUCAUCCACCCAGUUCCUGAUAUUGCCGAUAGUAGAGAAGGCAUUAGGGCGAUGUUACAGAGUACAACCCUCGACAAAUUAGUCUUCCGCUCUACCUUCGUAUCAAUGUUGAAGACCAUCGAAUUAUUAGACCGCGACAAAAAGAAAAUCAGUCCUUCAUCAAUGAUUCCCAUCUCUCACCUGUAUCUCAUAACGGCGACCGUGCUGCCAAAAGGAUACGAAAAUGUGGUGGCAGACGACCAUUUCCUAACACUCUUCUUGCUCGACUCCAUGGAUCUAGUAAUUAUGGGCCUUAUGGAGAAGCGAGACCAAGAAGCGCGUCGUGCUGGCCGGAUUGCACCGCUUCCCAGUUACGUGCCACCAACCGCCUUUCUGGACGAGAUAACUAAAGGUCUUACAUCUGCCAUGUUUACAGGAAACAUUACCGUCACAAGUGCCUUCCAGUCUCGGUUACUUGUUGACAUGCAAAAUAUCCUUGGUGACCGUAUCGAGCAAGCUUACAAGCAACUACGACAUCAAGGCGCAGCUUCACUUGCGGCACUUGGCAACAAAUGGAAGCCGGGAUCCUGCAUGGAACCACCGAUGCCCGAAGGCAAUCCUCAACAGUGGAUCAGCGAUUGGGGAAGUGUAGAGGCUUCGAAGAAAGCAAUCCUAGUUUCCCUCGCCGUGCAUAGUGUUGUCAAAGAGAACCUAAUGGUCGGAUACAAACAAGCCAAAAUGGCUCUCUACGAAUCUGAUGAACAAGAUGAGAUCUUCUCCGCAAAUGGGCCCCUCUCUUUUCUCGGCGGAAUGAGCACUGGUCUUGAAAGAAUUCAAUCCUCUUCAGAUCCGGCCUUCCUGCAUAACCACAACCCAGUCUAUUGUGGCCUGGAAAAGCUCAAUAUCCUGACUGCCAUGGAGAAUGUUGGAGUUGAUCUCUCUAACUACCUCUGUUCACUGGCGCCUAUGGCACACCUUUACAAUGCUCUUCGCCAGACUGGUCUUCUCACUGUGUCAUGGCCCGCCUUGGAUGAAGCCAUUGAACUUAACAUGAGCUUGCUUUUCAAUGGUACUCUUCCUACGACGGCUCACCAGAUCAACUCCCGGUACUUACUAUGCAUGAAAUGCCCUGUUACUGCUUUUGCGCGGAACCAUCGGGGGCAAAAACCUGAUUGGCAGGCAGUUAUGAAGAAACUUGAUUUUGCUCAUGCGUCUGCAGAAUCUUCAAAGCAUCUUCGAGCUUACCUGGACGGAACAGACUCCCCUGAGAAGUUCCUUCACAGCAUGGUGAAGGAAAGCAGACACACUCCUUCGAAGAGAGGUCGUGCUACUUCUCAGCUUGAGAUGUUGACUCAGCUUCGAGAUUUUCUUCCGCAAUGCGUCGCCAGACUGGAGGUUGAUCGAGUUACACUCUCCCGUCAAUGUGCCAGACUCUUCCGGCUGAUUCGUAGCGCCUUCAAGACAAGACUCGGAAUCGAACAUGUAAAAGAAGGAGUGGAGUUCGGAGAAGCUUUCGGGAAGUGGAACUAUAUUACGGUAAUGUUGGCUUUUGACGAAGCAUUUCCGCCAAGACACUCGAGACCACCUACACAACACCAGGUGGAUGGAGAGUCUCAACUAGCAAUUGCAGCAGAGGUCACAAGGAACUUUAUUUCCGAGGUCAAAUCUGAGCCUCCCAUCCAGCCCUUUGAUGUUGUGGCAGCCACAGACAGAGAGCGAUCUCACUACGAGAACUUACAAAUGCCAAGAAGCACGCAACGAUUCAUGGAGAGAUUGUAAGCAAUGAGUAGUAUAAGCAUUUGAGAUUUGGGUGAAGAUUAUGGCAACCGUUCGGGGGAUCAUUCGGG